AUGUCUUCAGAUGGCAUUCUUACAAUCAGCGCUUCAAAAAUGGCAGAAGAACCGGAGGAACACAAAGUGAUCAGGUCUGUUGAGGAAGUUCAAAAAUCCUCUCAAGUUCAACGCUCGCUAUUCCCAGCUGAUGAAACCAUCUCCCUCCAUGAGGAAUGUGAAAAAGAAAGCAAAGCCACACAUGACUGCAUGGACUCUGUGGCAGAAGAUACGAGCAUUGAAGAUUCACUGGAAUCUGAGACAGCACGAGAAGUCCUGUUGACUGAUUCUGCAGCAACAUCGAGUCAUGACACUGAUUUCGACUUUGUAGAAAGUGAAAAUCAAAGCAAAGAAACUAUUGACAACAAAGAAUCUAUUGUACCUGCAAAAGGGCUGGCUGAUUCUUCAACUUUUGUGUCUGAUGAAAUGCAGUCUUGCUCCGAGUUUGCAGACAUUUCAGAUGCUUCCUUGUGUCGCCGAAGUUCGAUCGCCAUGACUGAAACGUCUGGCAAUUUGUCUGCCUCUCGUGACUUUGGAACUUCCUCCCAGGAUUCUCUUCUGUUUGUUAUCCUCGAAGAUGAAAACGAUUCCGAAACUGCAGAAGUCCUUCAUCUUGAAGACUCUCAGCAGGCUAUUGAUAUUCAGGAUCUGAAAAACUCACAGGAAUCUUCUGACAUUGUUGAAGUGAAAGGCUCAGAAGCUAUUGAAAUUCUUGAUCUUACAGAGUCGCAGGAAGAUAUUGACAUUCUUGAUGUAAAAGAUUCACAGGGAUCUGUUGAUAUUCUUGAAGUGAAAGGCUCAUCUGUUGAAAUUCUUGAUCUCCAAGAUUCCCAGGAAUCUGUUGACAUUCUUGAUGGGGAAGACUCACACGAAACUGUUGCUGAGGCUCAGAAUGUGUCAGGUCAGAACUCAAAGUCUUCAACCAUCUUCGAUGUUACUGAUGAUGCCGUGUCUGUGCAAGAAAGGUCCAAUACUAUUGACGAGGAACUUGCACAAUUUUCUUGGCAAAAUAAGUAUGAGAACGACUCAGCAGUUCAAGAGAACUUUAAUUACCAAACAAUCCCUGAGGAAACACUCGACAGCAAAAGGACUCAGUCGGCAGCCAUUGAGAGUUGCACAAAUUCCUUUCAGUUAUCCAGAGAUUGUACCCAUGAAGAGGAAGCCGUCGAUAGUGUCGGGCAGCUGAACCUCGAAGAAACGACUGAAACCAAAGAAUCCAGCCCAACAGAUACAAAUACUUCAUCUAAGACAAUUGCAGAAGAGUCUGCAGAAGCUAUCGAAUCCUUGAAAGGAACAAGAAGGAUUCAGAGAGAUUCGCCAGAAGAACUCUUGCUCAUCACCAAAAGAGGAAACUUCUUCCAAGACUCAUUCUUCCUCGACGCUCACCGAGACUUCAGUGCCGCUCUCAGGCAGGUGUUGGGCAGGUGCAAUCAAGUCAACUUUGAGGACGACACUGACCUCCGCCACACCGAUAUCCUGGAACGCUACAGGCAGCUUCGGUCUCGCGAUCUGAGGGAAGAGAAUCAGGCCGCUAUCGUCACAUCAGACAAGUCUUGUAUGAAGAUAAUUAUGGACGUUCAUGAUUUCAUGAGUGGAGAUGUACAAGCGAAGGUCGUUGAUGAGAAGGAGUUGGUCAUCGAGGGACUUGUGGUGAAGAAGGAAGAAGGAACCUCAUCCGAAACCUCUCACUCCUUCAGACGCCGCUUCUCUCUUCCACAGUUUACUAAAAUCACUUCUGUCAUGUCAUUAGAUGGCAUCCUCACAGUCACUGUGAUGUUUAAGGAAGGAAAUGUCGAGGCAAAUACUGCUGAAAACUCCAUUAAAACUGAAGCAAAACGCAUCAAAAGAAAUCAUUCACUCGAAAUCACUUCACUUCCUGCUGAAAAACGUCUGCUUGAGACCAAGAAUGAAAACCAAAAUGGACUGAACGAGUAUAUGACGUCUCAGUCCGAGGAAACUCGUCAUUUCCUCGAGAUUUCACGUCGGGAAAAGACGCCUUAUCUUGAUUGCAGUUUCGAGGACAGCAAUAGACUGAGACGCUUUGGACAAGAAAGUGGCAGGGAGUCUCAAGAAACUAAUAAGUAUAACGUCACCGAAGACGCAAUUAUGGGAACGUCCUCUCGUUUGGCGAGUGGUUCUCUAUCUAGCUUCACAGAGAAAUCUUUUCCUAUCACGAGGAAAGGACACUUCUUCUCCCAUUACUUCUUCCGAGACACAAGGGAGGAUUUCCAGAAGGCCGUUAGGGAAAUCCUGAGCAGAUGGGGAGAGAAGUCCUGCGGUGACGAGAUGACUUCCUACAGGAAACUACGAGCACGAAAUAUGAGGGAAGACACUCAGGCUGUGACGUCCUCGGAAGAUGAACGCCAUUAUAAGUUUGUCAUUGAUGUUCACGACUUUAUGGACGUUGGAGAGAUCAGCGUGAAGGCUGUGAACGAGCGAGAGUUGGUGGUCGAAGGUCACUUGGAGAAGAAGGAAGACGGUUCCAAGUCCAGCAAGCGGUUCCUUCGGCGCUUCGUUGUUCCUGGAGACAUUGAGCUUGAGGCUGUCAUUUCAGUCAUGUCUUCUGACGGUGUGCUUAAAAUUUUGGCUCCAAAGAAGGAGGGCCAUAAUCGAAAACAUUUUUCGAUUGAUGUAGAAGACAUGGACGAUGUCGAGGCAACGGUUUCAAGGAAAUUUAGAAAUGGACAUCGUCUCGCCGAGGAAUAUCUGAAGAAGAGAGAUUCAUCUUCUGAUGACGAGGAAUUAAGAGCUUUUGCCAAACAAUCCAAUAACCAUACCGAGUCACUUUCCAAGACGAUGACGAAGAGUUUGAAGGUGGACACAUGUUCAACAAGGAGACAAAGAUGACAAAUGACAGCAGCAAGGAUUUCAAGUAUAACAUUCCAAGCCUUUCUAUGGAAACCAGGGUUUUGCACAUAGAGAGGAGAGGUGUUUGCUGAAGACUAUUGCUUCGCAAAUGUCCGUAACAGCUUCAGCCAGGCGGUGAGAGAAGUGCUGGAAAAGGCCAGUGAAUGGACCUGUCGAAGCGACGCCAUGCACAAC